CAGUGACGCGCUCGGUACACACUGUAUGUAGCACAAUUGGAUACGAUGGCCAUCCAAGUGUCCAAUUCACUCGGCAGACGUCUAGCCAAGUCGCCUGUGCCACUAUCGCAUGCUCGUCCUCCCACAGCCCCUUGUAUCUGCUUUUGAGACCUAGUUUAUAUAAUCCAAUGAGCUAGGGUUCGUUGAUAGGGGAGGAGAAGCUAGCAUGGACGGCGCGUUCUUACUUUUGUUCGUGGCCUCCUGGUUAGGGUCAGCGACCAGCCAGGACUCAGCGGCAACAGUCAUAACCGCGUCACAGCUACACAAGGCUCUUCAGAAUGAGUCGAUUCAGUCAAUUUUGUUGGCGACCAGCAUCGUUGUGAACCCGGCCAGGGACUGGCCAGACGUAGUCCAGGUGUCUCGUAAUAUCACACUGGCUGCGUACCCAUCGCUGCGGGAGGGCGCGGUUUAUGCCCAGCUGGACUACGCGAAUGCCCAGAUGCUCAUAGCGCUGGCACCUGGCGUCACGUUAACAUACGUCGGCUUAGAGGUUCUGAACUCCAUGGACCUGUUCGGCCUGUCGCACCAGCCGCUGCGCUUCUCGCCCAACGCCACCCUGCGCUGGGAGCGCUGCGUGGUGCGGCGCCGGGUGGGUUGGAGCCCCGAGGCCUCGCUGCUCAACCUGCUGGCGGCGCCGCGGCCCGCCGACGAGCCGGGUCCGCAGUCGGCCUGGCUCUCCUCCACUGCCGCCGGCGCCCGUGUGACCUACGCCUCCACCACCGGUCCCGCGGGGCCCCCGGGCGGCGGCGGCACCUGGUCCUGGCCGCGGGCGGUCAACGUGGUGGACUUCCGACUGGCAGUGCCCGUGGACACGUCACUGGCGUUUCAAAACAUCUCCAUGGGCGGCUACAAGCAAGUGAUGGUGGACACCUGGUAUGUGGUGGAAAACUGGGUCAGUGAGGACUGCAUGCGGCGCAAGAGCGGCGUGGAGUGCCUGACGUCCCUGGCGCUGCAGCUGGACCAGCAGGACUCGGGAGGGUCGGGCGGCGGGGCGGCGCCAGGAGCGGGUAGCGGCGGCGGCAGCAGCAGUGGUGGCGGUAGCGGCAGUGGCGGUAGCAGCAGUGGCAGUAGCAACAACACGGCCACGAUCGUCACCAUUGCGGUGGUGGUGCCGGCGGCGGUGGUGCUGCUGGCGGCGGCGGCGGGCGUCAUUUUCAUGAUGGCGCGACGGCAUCGGCGGCGGCGGUGCAGUGGCGGCGGCAGCAGCCAAGCGCACCGCUCGCCGUUGGUUGCCACAGAUAGCGAGGCUGAUGAGGAGGAGGAAGAGGGAGGGGACGGGGAGGAGGGGGAGGGGGAAGAGGACCAGGCUGCGGAGGCUGCCGGCGAGGGCGGAGCCACCCGGACUCGCCUCAGCGUCCGGGCAGCCAGCGGUCGAGGCCGGGGGGGUGCCGGCCGGACCUCCAAGCCCAAGAAGGCGAAGCGGGGGCGUGCCACUGGUGGUGCCGGUGGCGCUGGUGGUGGUGGUGGUGGUGGUGGCCGGCGCGGGCGCGGCGGGGCUGUGGCGGCGGGCGGCGAGGAGGGCGACGACGAGGACGAUGAGGGUGCAGACGGCAGCAGUGAGGUGUUUGAGGGGCUGGAGGCCAACACGGACCUGCCGCGCUGGUCGCCUGCGGCACAGGAGGUGGAGCCCGACGUGGACCUGGAGGACCUGGAGGAAGACGGCCCGCUGCCAGCAGCAGCAGCAGCAGCAGCGGCAGGAGCAGCGGGCGGCGUGCAGGCGGGGGGCGCAGCGGCUGGACCGUCCACCGCCGCCGCAGCGGGCGUGGGGCAGCCCCCCUCUCCCGGUGCCCACCGCAAGCACCACCACGCAGUGCCCGCAGCCGCAGCGGCCGCCGCUGCGCCCAGCUCCAAAUCACUGUCCUCCUCACCCCAUGGAGCCGCCGCGCAGCCGGGCGCGCACUCGGGCCGGUUCUCCCGCGCCUCCAGCCACAGCGGCCGGCUCAAACCCGCCCUGUCCGUGGUGCUGGCAGACGAGGACCCGGACCAGGAGGCGGGCGAGGGCGGCGGCGAGGUGGUGCGCGUGUCGCCCGCUGGGGAGGCUCCGGCCCUGGCGCCCGCGGACAUGGCGGCCGAGCUGACGCGGCUGGCGGCGGAGCUGAGGGGCAACGUGAGGGACACGGCCAUCCGGCUGGACGCCAUCAUUGGCAGCGGCUCAUUCGGCACCGUGUACCGGGGCACGUGGCAGGGCCUGCCUGUGGCCAUCAAGACAGUGGUGUUCAGCACCAGCGCCACCAGCAGGAGGCGGGCGCUGCAGGAGGCGGCGCUUUGCCAGAGCAUCAACCACCCCAACGUCAUUUCCACGUACGCCAGUGAGGUCCAGCCGCUGGGCAACCCGCUCACCGACCCCGCCUCCGCCUCGCUGCCGCUGGCCAGCUCGGCCGCGGCCGCGGCUGGGGGCGCGCCGGUGUCGUCGGCGUCACAGAAGAUCAUGGACUGGCGGCUGUACAUCAUCCAGGAGUAUGCGGACGGCGGGCCGCUGCGGGGGCUGUACGGCAACCGCGCCGUGUGGCCGGGGCAGCCGGGCGAGGUGGACCUGGCGGCGGCGGUGGGGCUGGCGCUGGGCAUUGCGCGCGCACUGGCGCACCUGCACAGCAAGCGCAUCAUACACGGAGACCUGAACCCCAACAAUGUGCUGCUGAAGCGCGACCCGGGCGAGCCCUCCGGCUACGGCGUCAAGGUGGGCGACUUCGGUCUGAGCGUGAUGCUGCCGCUCAACCGCACACACCUGUCCAACAUGCGAAUGGGCACCAUGUUCUACAUGUGCCCCGCCGUGGUGCUCAAGGCGCAAGUGGGACCCGCCUCCGAUGUGUUCUCCCUGGGCGUGAUGCUCUGGGAGCUGUACCACGGGCGGCGCGCGGGGGUGCGCACCAAGGAGGGCCCCCGCUACUGCUCCAUCUUCCCCGCCUUCCCGCCCUCCUGCCCCGAGGCCUACCGCAUCGUCACCCUGCACUGCCUGCAGCGCCAGCCCCAGAACCGCCCGCCCGCGGAGGCCGUGGUGCGGCACCUGGAGAGCCUGGCAGUGGCGCUGAGGGCGGCGGCGGCGCUGCGGCCCUACGCCUCAGAGCCCAGCAGGGGCUUCGGCAACGUGGCGGCGGCGGGGCAGGCCGAGUACGAGGCCUACCAGGCGCAGCAGCAGGCGCAGGGGCAGGGGCAGCAGGGGCAGGGGCAGGGGCAGGCGGCGGCGCACCGCGCGCCCAUGUCGGCAGCGGCGGCGCUGGGAGGUGCAGGCGGCGGCGGCGGCGGCGGCGGUGGCGGCGGGCCGACCGCUGCCUACGUGCAGCCUUACCAACCGCACCCACAGCAACAGCAGCAGCUGCAGCCUCCGCCGCACCAAUUCCGGUAGCAACUGCCCCACGCGCAGCCCCACGCGCAGGUGCAGGCGCAGGCGCCAGCAUCCAGGGGAGAGGGCCCGGCUGGGUUUUACCCUGCCAAUGGUCUAGCGGGCUGCACACGACCAUUAGCUAGCUAGAUGCGGCGGGGCCUGCGGCAGAGUAUGUGCGGCGCUGAAGGCGGCUGUUGAAGAUAUGUUUGUUUCAGGCUUGUUAUGGCAGCUGGACAGCUAUGGGACGGAUAGCGGCAGCCCAGACAACGCACGCAGCCUUAAUAUUAGCAAGUAAGGCAUGAAUUUGACACAGCGCACCGGAUGUGCGUAUGUGGGGUACCGGUAUUAGGCUGAUCUUUAGGUAAAUGGAAAGGCCCGUUGCGGUUCUGUUGUGUCAACUAAAUACUUGCGUCUGUUUUAUUUGUGGGACGCACGUCUGUACCUGUGAUCCAUCUGCAGUGCGGUAUGAUUUAUUCGAGGCCUGUGGGCUGCGCGGCUGUCGUGCGGCCGCGCGGGGCGUGGGCAGCUCACAGGGCGUACCGCACAUGCUUUGAUGCCGACUCGACACGUGGCUGCUUGCGUACUCUUGGCAUGCUGUUGUUAUGUGAGCCACUAGCAGCAAUCAUCGCACGCCGUAUUUGCCACCGCACUGAGGCACUAAAUAUGCAUUUGGGGCAUUGCUCGAGGGCGGCGCUGCGGCUGCCUCACCCCCAGCCGCAACCGGCGGCGAUUCGGUGCUGGGGACCUGCUGGGGGGCCUAAAACCUACAGUGCCGUUGCACACGCACAUCAUAUACGGUAUUGGCGAUAUCGGUUUAGCACAUGCCUGCAUUAGCAAUACUGUGACAUGAGGAGGUUGAGCGCGAGUGGACAAACAAAGACGUGCAUCCUGAUGCCGCUCGGUUGAUGCGCGGGGAAGUGCACACCCGCAAGAGGCCGGGGUGUGCCGAGUGUGCUGUAACGUUGUGGCCGGGGCGCGCGGGUGGCUGGUUGAGCGGCAGGGCUGCCGCCGCACCGCCGCCACUGCGUCAAAUAUUCCGUACCUGACCGUCCGUACGGCCGUACGUCAUAGGGUGCGGUGGCGGCAGCACUAGCGGCAUCUUAGUGUGUGGUAUGGUGACAUGUCGCGCUGACAGUCUUCAUUCCACCAUGGACACUCGUUUUUGGGCUGGGCCCCCCGAGCGAAGCGAUCCAGGGGUGGGCCGAAGCCCCCCAGGUUCGCCAUAGCUCCACGAAGCGUAGCGUAGUGCUGAGCGGAGGACUACAACACUGGGACCCCAAACGACGUGUGUGUGUUUUGGGUGAUUGCUGGCUGUGCUGUUGGACAUUCGUUUUAAAGCUAGUUACGUGGUCCAUCGAAAGCCGUCACAAGAGCACGCUCCAGUACUUUACUCAGCUCAUCAAGUGUGUGUGUGUGUUACAGGAUUGGAAGUGUGCAUUCCUAAUACCUGCAACGAGACUAACCGAG